GCCAGGGAGUCGAGGGAGGCAGUGGUCUGGGAGACGUCGAGACCAGCCGCCAGCCGAGGAAGAGGUCGUAAACAAGCGUUUUGGGUAUUCCUUGCCUCACGAGGGAUUCCAAAGGUUGGCCCAAGACGGAGUCAUUUUGUUCCGUAUUUCUUGGGAGCGUGUACGGAGAAGGGGAGACCUUCGACCAUAGCUAGAGAGUGAAGCACACCCUCUUUUGCAAGUGAUUAAAUGCAUCCAGUUUUCCACGGGAAGUCUAUCCCACUAUAUCAUGAGGUCAGCAUUCUCUCGGCUCUCUCCCCUCCUCCCCUCCCCACCC